GAGACUUCUUCAUUUUCAAAAACUCCUUGCACUGAAGCUUAUCGGUGCGCACCGCCUAUCUAUCGAUUGUUGAUAGUCACUCGAAGAAAAGACGCACAUUAAUUGAAUUUGUUUUCGGAAAAAUUUUGACAAAACUACGAAAUUCCGGGCCUGCACCAUGAUAACUGAGAAGGAACACCCGCUGGACAAUUGUCAGUUGUUUGUCCAGCUGAGGAAGUUCCUUCAUGAGUACGCCCAGAGCACCAAGAUCCUAAAUCACAUAAUUUACUGGAGUGGAAACGAGGAGCACAUUAAAAGCAUCUGCGACCACGUGGUGGGUCUACUUUUGGAGCACGAGCUAAUCCUACAGGUGCCCCAUGGCAAGCACCAAGAUCUGGUUGCCCGACCAAAUGGUCCAGCUGCAAUGAAUCACUUGCGUGGACUACUGGUAUACCUGGUGCUAAAUAGGGCCAACGAGCAGUUCUUGGGCGACUCCCAGUGGAGCGCCCAUGUCAUCCAUCUGUGCUACCAGCUGCCAGCUAUUCCACAGUUAAUGACCAUUGCGAUAGCCCUUAAUUGCGGUCUCCAGCAGCCACUGGAGGAGUUCCUUGCUUGUGGACCUCGCUGGCUGACCUUCCAAUAUUUUGAGACAUUCAAUGAGGUUCUGUCGCACAUUCAUGUUAAUUGGCAGGAUACGCUGCCACUAUUAUUUGCCGCCUUGAAGGCAGCCGGUCGCGCAAUUGUCAAUCACAAUUUGCCCGAAGAAAAUAAGCGACUGCUGCGUCAGAUGGCGAGCAUGCUGCAGCGUCAUCUCUUGGACUCUGACAGGCGUCUCAAGACUCUGCCGCGUGCAUCCACUCGUAGGAUUUACCUGGCCAAGGUUAUGGAACAGCUGCUGGAAGUCCUUUUGGAUACUCUUAAUGAUCCACAGAAGCGCGAGAAGCCGAAGUGCUUCGCCAUCUACAGCCAAAUGAGCGUAGAUAUCAGUGCCAGCUACUCAAAUGAUCACGUAACUGAUUUGCGACUCUUCGCCCUAAUACUACUGGACUCUCUGCAGCGUAUUUUUCAUCUCAUUAGCGUCGACACGUUUAUGCACUGGCUUGAGAUGCCAUCACCUCGUUUGCUUUAUAGUUACCAGGAGCUAAUUUGCAGCCAGACGGCAGAAUUGCUAAAACUUGUCCAAUCGGAUGAGGAGCUCAAGCAGCAUUCGGUCUGCAAGCAGAUGCAAGGCUUUGCGGAGGCAGCAAAAACUUUAGAGCAACGCAUUGCUGAGCUAACGAUCGGAGAAUUGUUGGCCUUUCUCGAUGGCGAUCUAGGCGAUCAGGUCACCAAUGAGCAGGCGCUCGCCGGUCUGGACAAUCUUUUUAGCCGCUUUAUAGCCUUUGGCAACGAUGAGUGCCUGGAAACUAUGGCAAAUCAUUUACAUUUGCUCACCAAGAAGCAUGCCCAGAUAAUAAUCAAUUACUUGGGUCAGGUGGUGCUGUCAAAAAUGGUGGCCGAGGACGAGGGCAUAUCCGUUACGGAAGUAAAUCAUGAGGACGACGAGGAUAACGAGCAGGAUGAGAUCUUGUCCAACGAAGAGGAGGAAGACGAAGGUCUGCUAAAUAUGGUACUGCGUCCCUUAUUUAUGCAAUUAAAUGUUAACGAUAAGAUCGAAGUACUGCUAUUGCGCGAUGAGCAAAACGUUACCAAAGGUUUUAACUUUGAGGCACCCGAUCACCGGGAGCGUCGCAUACGCUUCUUUAAUCGUUUGGAUAUUAACAAGAGCUUCCCGAUGGACGAAUUUCUUGUACUGUGUUAUGAGAACGCAAAUAAGACUUGGAUUGAUUUCUCCCGCCUGGCCGUGACGCAUACUCGCUUCACGCGUCUAUUCUGGCGCUUGGCUGCUCAGUUUUGCCCCAAGCUUACUGCCUUUCAUAUUUCCGCUUGUGCCGAUGAUUUCUUGAUGGACGAGAUACUGCUGCAAAAGCCGAAUGCCUUGCGGUUUCUACUCUACUUAUAUGGCCAGCGACAGAUCCUCAACGGCUUGUACAUAUCAUCGCGACACAUGCGCAUUAGCUUGAAAGACGGACGCUGUCCCUACGGAAAAGAGCAGCUUAAGCAGACGCAGAAUCAGUUCCUAGAGGCAUGUGCAAACGGCUUGGCUAAGUUUAGAAAGUUCAGGGACUUCCCUAGCCUGCAGAUAAUCUUUCGACUGCUCUUGAUGAUUACUGUGAGCGAGAAGCACCUAAUCUUCCAAGGCGCCCGACAGUUAACAACACUCGAAAAGGAGCAACCGAAAUCGGAGGCUGGAGACGAUGCAGACGAUGUCAAGAUGGCGAGGCACUACACAAAUAUGCAUGCCUGUUUGCCAGAGUGGCGUUUGAAUCACUGGUCGCUAAUCUCACAGGUUAUUAAGACCAUUGAUGCUUUACGCUGGGACUUGGCCACCUUUGAAGAGGUCCGCGUCAAUACUUUAGAAAUGGCGGUUCAGUAUUGGGGUCACGGUCUGUCCCAUCUGAUGUUCCUAAACGGGGAAUUCCGCAAAAGAGUUUUGAAUCUAGUCAGCAAGUUGACGCACAAGGACUUUUGGAUCGUCCACCUGACUGAAGAUAGCUCCAAUAACACCCGGUGUGUUCUCAGAUUGCUGACUCAGUCAACUGCAUCGGAGGCUACCAAACUCUUCACCAAGGUCCUGAAUAACCACACCGAUUGCGCUGUUGUGGGCGAACUAAGCGAUGCGGUGGUGAAGGUGAACAGGGAGUCCGCUUUCAGGGCCUUUAAAUACCUUUUUCGACAAUAUUUGAUAGCCUUCCGGAACCACACCAGAAUCGAUAAGACGUGCACGAAGCGCCAGCAUUGGGAUCAUUUGAUGGCAGUUGUGGCCAAAGCUCCAUUCUGCAUUCGCAACGAGAUUACGGAGCAAGCUAGUGCGUUCGCUGUGAGAUUCGACAUCGAUAUCCAGACACAGCAGAGGACCAAGUCUUUGAUUGAUAAGGAGAUGCCUUAAAAGAUUCAUCUUCUUAGGCUAAGUCGAAACCGCGUCGCUUAUUUAACAUUUAAAAUAAUUUUGUGGAAGGAUUGAAUGUAUGUAUCUUACAUUCCUGAUUCUUGAACAUCAUAAUAAUUUGAUAUCAAAUUAUUUUACAACUUUGUAUGUCCUUCAAAAGGACGACUUUAUGUACAGAACAUAUGUAAUAAUACAACGAAAAUUCGUUGCCCAUUGAAUAAAUGCUUUGGUAACCAGG